AUGAGCCAUAAUCAUGGAGGAGGAGGAGGGGGGGGAAUGGGCGGGAUGAGCGGCAUGCCGAUGGGAACGGCGCUGUUCCAGGAUACCAACAUCCAGCUCGCGCAGUCGUUCUGGUACAUCAUCGCUGGCGUCGUGGGCUUCCUCGGCAUCAUCCGGGGCAUUAACUACCUCGAAGGCCUCAGAAGACUACGGCGAUGCCGCUCAGAGUCGGUACAGUUCCCGACCCGUCCCUCGAACCGCAUCGCACAGAUUUGGGCGACGGCGACGGCCAUCGUCCGCGAGGCGGGGCACCCGCAGCUCUACAUCCCCGUCCGGGGCCUGCGGUGGGCAACGCCGCCGCCGCUCGGCCACGUGCUCGUCCUGCUGGCAUACUGGGCCGUCAUCAUCUACAUGAUGGCCAACGACGCCGUCGUCAAAGACGCCUACUUCUGGGAGCGCAUCGGGUUCCGCAACGCCUGGGUGACGCUCAUGCAGAUGCCGCUCGUCUACCUGCUCUCCAUGAAAGUCAGCCCCGUCAGCCUCAUCGCCGACAUCUCGCACGAGCGGCUCAACUGGCUGCACCGCUGGGUCGGCCGCACAAUGUUCGUCACGGCGACGGUGCACGGCUUCCACUUCUGGACCGAGUGGGUGCGUGCCGACUUCGUCGAGGAGCAGCUGAGCAUUCUGCCGUCCAUCAAGUACGGCCUCGGGGCGUGGGGUCUGCUGGUCUGGACGUUCCUCGUCGGCGUGCGGCCCUUCCGCGGCAUGGCGUACGAGCUGUUCGUCGCGCAGCACGUCCUGACGGCCGCCUUCUUCCUCUGGCUGGUGUACGUCCACAUCCCCAACUACGCGCAGCAGUACCUCUGGUUCUCGAUCGCCCUCGUCUGCCUCGACCGCCUCGCACGGUGGGCGUUCCUCGCCUGGCAGAACAUGCGGCUCCGGGCGCCGGACCGGUCGACGUGCAAGGGCACGAGGCGCCUGGGGCACGAGGUCCAGGUCCAGGCGGUGGGCCCGUCAACGACGGUCCUGACGAUCAAAGACGUGCACUUCUCGUGGAAGGCUGGCCAGCACCUGUACCUCUGGCUGCCCCGGGUCGGGCCCCUGGAGGCGCACCCGUACACCAUCGCCUGCGCGCACCAGCUGCCGGACACGUGCGUGUGCAACAGCGUCCAGCUGGUAAUCCGGUCGCACGGUGGUUUCUCGAAGCGGCUGCACCGGUACGCGCAGAACGCGUUGGAGUCGUCGUCGUCGUCGUCGGGGGGGAGCAAGAGGGAAGCGCUAACGGGGUUCGUGAUGGGCCCGUACGGGGCGCCGCCGCGGUGGGACAUCUACGAGACCAUGGUUCUCAUCUCGGCGUCGACGGGGGCGUCGUUCACGCUGCCCAUCCUCGAGAGCAUCGUGCAGAGCGGCCGGCGGCGGCGGGGCUGCACGACGCGGGUCGAGUUCGUGCUCCUUGCGCGCCAGGGCGAGGAGAUUGAAGCGAAUAUGAUCCAUCACUUCAGUAUCUAUGAGUCUUCGGCGGCCGCCGCCGCGGCGGCGCAGCACCGCAGGGACCCGUCCGACGGCUCCGUCGGCGGGGACUGUUGUCGAGAGAAACGAGCCGCGCUGGACCUGGAGAAAGGGGACGGGGUGCAGCUGACGCAGCGGCCGCGGAGCGGCUCCAUGGUGGGCAUGGUGAGGGAGUACUACUGCCGGCCGGACCUCGAGGAGCUCAUCAGGGAGCCGGUAGAGGCGGCGGGCGGCGAGACGUCGGUCGUGGUGUGCGGAGGACGGCCGCUGACGAGCUCGGUCCGGAACUGCGUGGCCGCGCUGUCGGACGAGAGGGCGGUGCACAAGGGGACGGGGGCGCAGGGCAUCCACCUGUUUGUGGAGGAGUAUUCUUUCUAG